AUGGUUCUCAGAGAUUCAGACGCGAUAAGAGCCCAGGAACACGGCAAUGCAAGACACAAAGUGAAAAAGAUGAUCAGAAGGUGGAGUUCCUCGAACCCCGCGGGCCGAACGUCAUCGACGACAAUGACGCUGGUUGCGAAUAAGGCAAAUGGUGCCACUUCGCCCAAGUCGAUCCCGAGGCUCUCGACGCCGAUACUAGAGGCGCACCCUACGAUGUCAGAGAAAGCUUUGGAUGAGCACAUAAAAUCCUUACAGGUCGGACUCUCACCAUGCGAGGUGGACAAAGGUAUCCAGUCAGGCACAGCAACAUCGCUCCUAGCCGAGGAGAAAGCGUCCGCAAAGGAAUCUGUACCUGAAAUGUCACCAGACCGGAGCACGCAAAUUGGAAGUCUGCAAUGUACACAGCCGCCGAAUUCAGCGUCAACUCCAAUCCAACCACCUCCAUCCAACCCAACCACAUCUUCUCCACAACCUCAAUCCACCGAAUCCCAUCCCUCUCCCGAGACAACAAACACUACCCCACGAAUACGCUCGCACAAAUCAAAACCAAGCAUCCACAUCCCCCCAAUCUCGCCAGACACCGGCCACCAGCAUACGUCCUCCACGGAGUCCGACAUCGAAAAAGCGGCAAUGGCUCUCGUCCUGCCUAAAAGUACAAUCACGACGACGAUCACCGCGGCAGCGACACCUGUGGCGCCGGAGCCGAUUGGCAAAAGGAGGAACUCCGUGAAGAGGGGGUGGAUGGACAGGUGGUCGAGGCUGUGGGCGCAUGAGAGGGCAGGCCGGGGCUAG